AUGGGCAGUAUCGAGCCGUCGAGAGGGUCGGAUCCUUUAGCGGUUAUUGGGAUGUCAUGUCGACUGCCUGGUGGAAACGACACACCGACGGCCCUAUGGAAGUUUCUCCAAGACAAUCGAGUCGCCAGUAACAAGGUCCCAAUGUCUCGCUUUGAUGUUGAAAACCAUUUUCAAGGUUCUGGGCGCCGACAGCCAAUGAAAAGCCCAGGGGCCAUGUGUCUGGAUACAGAGGAAAUUUAUGCCUUUGAUGCUGGCUUCUUCGGAAUCUCUCGUGCGGAGGCUAUCUCUAUGGACCCUCAACAGCGACACUUACUCGAGGUUGUUUAUGAAAGCCUCGAAAAUGCCGGAAUCUCGAUUGAUGGUAUCAGUGGUUCCAGCACCGGUUGCUUUGUAGCGUCCUUUACUGUGGAUUAUGAGGAUAUGCAAAAGCGAGAGCCUGAGCACCGACCACCUAGUGUGAUCACUGGCAUUGGCCGCGCUAUCCUAAGUAAUAGAAUCAGCCACUAUUUCAACUUAAAGGGUCCUAGUAUGAGUAUUGACACCGGAUGCUCUGGGAGCUUGGUAGCUGUCGAUGCUGCUUGUCGCUACAUCAGUUCCGGAGACAUAAAUAUGGCUAUUGUUGCAGCAGCAAACGUAUUUUUGAGCCCCGAACAUCUUAUGAACGAGGGAUCCCUUGGCUUCAUACACUCCCCAACUGGGCUUUGCCACACGUUCGAUGAGAAAGCAGAUGGCUAUGUCAAAGCUGAGGGCGUCAACUGUAUUAUUCUGAAACGGCUCGGAGAUGCCCUGCGUGAUUGCGAUCCUAUUCGAGCUGUGAUCCGCGGUUGGUCGACAAACAGUGAUGGUAAUACCCUGGGUAUCUCUACUCCAGACGCGAAAUCACAAGCGGCCUGCAUAAGAUCGGCAUACAGGUGUGCCGGGAUUGAGAACCUCGGUGCAACAAGCUAUGUUGAAUGCCACGGAACUGGCACACCAGCUGGAGAUGCGACAGAGCUCAAGGGCCUUUCUUUGGCCUUUGAGGAUGUACUGCAAGCCUCUGCUCCUCUCCAACUAGGCUCGAUAAAAAGCAACAUCGGACAUUCAGAGCCAGCCGCUGGACUGUCCGGGUUAAUUAAAGCCGUCUUGUGCCUCGAAAAUGGCAUAAUACCGGGCAAUCCUACUUUGUUGACACCUCACCCCGAUCUUGAUUUCGAAAAGCUAAGAAUGCUGCCUUCGCAUACGGCAAGACCGUGGCCUUCCGUUCCCGUUCGCAGGGCUGGAGUCAAUUCCUUUGGUUAUGGCGGAUCAAACUCCCAUGUUAUUGUCGAUGAGGCUACUCCGUAUUUGAACGGUUUCAUAGGCACAUCUCAUGUCUCAUCGUACUCAUCCACCGUCGACAUCUUUGCCGAUGAUGAUGACGAAAGCCCCACAAUUCGACCUUACAUUAUACCCCUUUCCGGCGCUGAUCAAAGUUCCGUUGAGGGAAAUUGUCAAAGAUUGGUUCGCCAUCUGGCCCAUAUGGAAGUGAAGCUUAAGGUUGAAGAUUUGGCGUAUACACUGGCUGCUCGGAGAACACAUUUCCCAUUCCGUGCCUACGCGGUGACCUCAACUUCAAAGUUAAACAUGGAGUCAUUUGCUUUAGGCAAGCCGAGCCUAAAUUCCCCAAGAAUUGCAUUUGUCUUUACAGGACAGGGUGCUCAGUGGCCUGGCAAAUUAGGAAGAGAUCUUGUUCGCACCUUCCCGCUUGCGGAGAACAUCCUAAGGCAAUUGGACCGCGUACUUCAGAGCGUUGAAAAUUCUCCCAGCUGGUCUCUCUUUGAGAAGUUCAUCCAAGCCCAAGACCCCAAAGCGCCCGACGUGCCUGCUAUAUCCCAACCUCUUCUUACAGCAAUCCAGAUCAUUUUGGUAUGCUUACUGGAGAGCUGGGGUAUCUGUCCUCAAAGCGUCGUUGGACAUUCGGCCGGCGAAGUAGCAUCUGCUUAUACUGCUGGGUUCAUCACCAAAGAAGAAGCAAUCAAAAUAGCUUUUUACCGUGGCCAUUCAACGCAAUUUUGUCAGAAUAAUUCUGACAAACCAUACGGAAUGCUAGCUGUAGGCCUUGGUCCAGACAAUGUGCAGGAAUAUUUGCAAGGCUAUGAAGACUGGGUCCAGAUAGCCUGUUUCAACAGUCCCAGUAGCAUCACAUUGUCAGGUACAAUAGAUGCUUUGGUCAAUUUGAAGCAACGACUGGAGGCUGAUAAACAUUUUUGUCGGCUACUGAACAUAAAUAAAGCCUACCACUCGCGGUUCAUUCAACCAACUGCGGAAAUGUUUGCGGACUUCGUCCAACGUAAUCCACCUACAGCGAAAAUUGGAAAGCACGGUGUCAAGAUGUUCUCAACAGUCUCUGGCCACCGCUUGGACACUAUUUUCCACAAUGAUCAUUGGAAGAACAACAUGAUGCUCCCAGUUCAAUUCACACAAGCCUGCAGCGAUAUGCUCUCAGACGGUAAUGCUCCUACUAUGUUGAUUGAGCUUGGACCCUCCAACGCAUUAAAGGGCCCGGUUGCUCAAAUACAGGCAAAUAUUUUUGGGGAUAAGUCUUGUGCUCAGUAUCAUCCGGCAUUCGUGAAAAGUAACAACCCCAUUGAAGGGAUUUUUGAUCUUGCGGGAUGCCUAUAUCUCGCUGGUGCUCCCAUUGCUCUUGACGAGGUAAACCAGACGGCAUCCGCGAAUCCUUGUCACAUUGUGGACUUGCCCAACUAUGCCUGGGAUCAUUCUAUCAAACACUGGCACGAAAAUCAGUCGAGUAAGGACUGGAGGAUGCGACUAUUUCCACAUCAUGAGCUGUUAGGGACUAAAAUUAUCGGUAGUUCAUGGGAUCGUCCAUCAUGGAAAAGGACCUUCCGUCUCUGUGAUGUUAGUUGGAUUAAGGAUCACCAGCUUGCAGGAAGUGUUCUUUUCCCGGGCGCUGGCUACGUUGCUAUGGCUGUGGAAGCUGUCCGGCAGAUGAUGAUUGCAUUGGAUACUUACAAGCCAAAUAGUGAGAAUUAUAAUGCUCAGUUUAAGCUACGCAAUAUUUCAUUCAAGAAGGCGCUGCCAUUGAAUGAUGAUACACGGGAGUUGCAGCAUCUUCUCACGCUGCAGCCACUGGAUGGUGAUGUUUGGUAUGGGUUCCAGAUUUCCUCUCUGCAGGAGUCUUCUUGGAUAGAGCAUUGUUCCGGGCAAAUAACCCGCUGCCAUGCUCCCACCGAAUUCUCGUCUGAAGCCAACAUGAGACCCCUUGAACAUAUUGUUUCACAGAGUCGUUGCUACGAAAGCUUCGCAGACACUGGAUACGGUUAUGGGCCUACCUUCCAGAAGAUAGAAGCUGUGGAGGUCUUAGGAGGCUCCCUGGAGGCCCGGUCUCUGGUAUCGCUAGAUGGGCCCAUGGACUCAUCAAAAGAAUCUCCAUACCCUAUUCAUCCCUGUGCUCUAGACGGUUGCCUCCAGACCAUAAUUGCCGCAUCAUGGGAGGGUGAUAUCACUAGCCUAAAACAGCCGGCAGUGAUCCUCUCAAUCGACUCACUUGAGAUUAAUGAGUGGCCGUUAAAGCAGGGUGGGGAGGUAAUUUGUCUUUCGACCAAAGAAUAUAGUGGUAGAGGGCGCCCAGAUCUCCUGAAAAGUUACACCGGGUCUGUCUUGGCGUACCGUAAAGACGACAACCGACUUGCGCUUCGUGCUGAAGGGUUACGGCAGGCUCCUAUACUGGCUAAUGAUCAGAAGACAAAUUCCAAAUACCACAAGAUCUCUUGGAAACCAGACAUCUCUUUAGCUGAUAAAUGCUUGUCGUUGAGCGCGCCUACAGCAGCGGGAAAGAUACAGGAAUUAAUCGAUAUGAUCAUACACAAAUGGUCACCGUCCAAGAUAGCCGAAGUGAAUUUUGGCCAAUCUCAGGAGGCUAGUAUUUGGCUGAGUGAUCAUCUUUGUACUCCGCGGGAGGACUACAAAUCAUGCUCAAUUUUUUAUUCCAAUCUCCCUCACCUGGAGGAGGCGAGAGAAUCACUGGGCACUCGAGAGUGCGUUCAAAUUGCCAAGUUCCAGGUGGACGCUCCAGAGUUCGAUAUCGCCGAGGAGCUUGAUAUUAUUUUCGUUAGCAUCAACGAGCCAACUAAGCGAAACAAAGUUCAACUGGCAAUGGAGAAACUCAACUCUCACCUCUCGGGCAAGGGAUGUAUAUUACUGAUCGACCAUAAUCAGGUUUCAAAAACAUCUCCUGUUUCAUUUGAAGACCAUAAAUUGAGUGAUGACUCUGAAAAUGGUAUCAUAAACGAAACGAUGUGUCAGGCGUUGAGCAACUCUCAAUUGAAAUUUCAUGAGAUCUUGACGCCCCAAAUCGCAAGUUUCCAGGCUCUGUUUUGCACUUCAAAUCAUCAAAGCAACAGCAUUCAAAAUGAGAAAUAUUUGCACAUUCCCCAUUUCUCCGCAUCUAUAUUGAUCCCGGAGAAACUUAGAGGCAUACUAGAAGAGGCCGGUUAUACUAUGGUAGAGCAUCACCUUCCCUUCGACAAAAUCCCGCGAGAUGACCUGAUACUUGUCCUUGACGAGCUUCAAUCGCCUCUCCUGACAAAUCCCUCACAUGAGCAAUGGGAUGGCUUGAAGGCCUUGACGAGAUCCAACAGCAAGCUUUUGUGGGUUACAGAAGAAUCUCAGCACAAAGUCCGUCAACCUGACACAGCAUUGGUGCAUGGGUUGUUCAGAACGAUUAGGGCUGAAAACCCACAAUGUACUUUGAUAACGUUGGACUUGGAGUCUUCCGCAAUGGCAUCGCUCUCCACCAUUGUCCUCAUACUCCAGUAUCUGGAUAGGCCUCCGUCCACCACACAACUAGAGUCCGAGUUUGUUGAGCGUGGAGGAGUAAUUCACAUCAGCCGGAUUAUCCCGCACGAGACGGAAUUUCAUCACAAUAAAGAGGCCAGCAAUUCGCUACAAGGCUUUGAUGACAGUGAAAAAUGCUUUGGUCUUCAGUGUGGUAGCCUGGGUGCUCUUGAUUCCCUCGAGUUCAUUGAAAGAGCUUCUCCAAUGCUGGCUGUCAAAGACGGGCAUGUGGAGGUCGAUAUAAGGGCUGUCGGGAUGAACUUCAAAGACGUUGCGAUAGUCAUGGGUGUUGUUGAUGAGAAUGAACAUACCCUGGGGUCUGAAGGAGCGGGAGUAGUCAGACGUGUGGGCGCGGACGUUCAAGAUUUCCAUAUUGGGGAUCGCGUCAUGUUGAUACACAGUGGUUGUCUGGGUAAUCGGAUCCAGGUACCUCAAGGAAGAGUCCAACGGAUACCGGACAGUAUUUCUUUAGAGGACGCGGCGACCAUGCCAGUUUGUUUUUCCACGGCUAUUUAUAGCAUGCUUACUAUUGGUAACCUUCGAUCAGGUCAAACCGUCCUAAUCCAUUCUGCCGCGGGUGGCCUGGGUCUAUCUUGCAUACAAGUUGCGCGAUAUAUUGGCGCAGACGUAACAAACCACCUCCUCCCGAGCCAGCAUGGGCUAAAUGCUUUACAGAUAUUCGCCACAGUGGGCACACAGGAGAAAGUUGAUUUUCUCGUUGAAGAACAUGAUAUACCUCGUGAUCGUAUAUUCUCCUCCAGAGACACGCAGUUCGCGAGUGCUAUCAUGAAGAAAACUAGAGGGCUUGGGGUUGACCUUAUACUCAACACUCUGGUUGGAGAUCUGCUACAUGAAUCUUGGAGAAUAUGUGCGGAUGGAGGUAUAUUCGUCGAGUUGGGGAAGCGAGAUAUCAGAGACCGAAAGUCUAUUUCCAUGGAGCCGUUUGACCGAAACUGUUCUUUCAGAGCUGUUGAUCUUUCGUACAAACAAAUUACUGAUGAGCUGAUGAAAGGAAUUCUCAACCGAAUCCAUGAUUUGGUCAUAAAAGGACAUAUCAAACCUUUAAGGCCUACCACUCUGUUCCCAUUCAAUGAUGUACAGGGUGCAUUCAGAUAUCUCGCAAAAGCAUCUCACAUUGGUAAAGUCGUGCUUUCUUGCUCCUAUGGAAAAUCCAAAUGCAUGGUCCCUAUUCGAUCUGCCCAGCCCAAUGUACAGCUUCGCCCAGACGCCUCAUACCUUGUCGUUGGUGGACUCAAAGGAAUCUGCGGUCGAAUUGCCUUCUAUAUGGUCAAGGCUGGGGCAAGGCAUCUCGUGAUCAUGUCACGCUCUGCCUGUGAUGACUCUCGCUCACAAAGUGUCCUCGCCCGCCUAAGACACAUGGGGUGCGAGGUUGUCGUCAUUCGGGGAGACGUAUGCCAGCUUGGGGAUGUGGAGCGUGCAAUAACUGCGGGACUCAAGCCAGUUGCUGGUAUUAUUCAUGGAGCAAUGGUUCCAAUUGGUAAUGUUUUCGAAAACACAAGCGCAACAGAUUUUGCCGCUACAAUUGCGCCAAAGGUGGCUGGAAGCUGGAACCUACACACUGCAGCGCUGAAUCUAGGGCUGGAGCUCGACUUUUUCACCAUGCUCUCCAGCCUCUCUGCUGUCAUUGGUCUGAAAGGUAAUGCCAGCUAUGCUGCUGGAAAUCAUUUCCAAGAUGCCUUAGCUACGUAUCGCCACAGCUUGGGAUUGGCCGGAAACGCAAUUGAUCUCUCGCUGGUUGAAGAUGUGGGCUACAUGACAGAAAGCACACUAGUCAAACAGCAAGUUGCUGGCGAAGGCAUACUCGUAUUUUUCAAAGAGCGUGACCUGGAUAGAAUCAUUCAAGAUUCGAUCCUGGAGCAGACCACUGGAUCUGGAGGCGGAACCCCACAGCUAAUCACGGGCUUAAAGUCGCCUAUUCUAGUAACCGGAGAAGGAUUGAUAUACCACCGGGACCCAAGGUUCAGCACUAUCAUUACCCGUGACAGUGCUAAAGUAUCUGGGACGGACUCCGGCUCUGGUUAUGAUGAUCUUACUACAAAGUUAAUUGCCAUCCUUCAGAAAAAUGAUGAAGUGAAACGAGAUGUACUCGUAACCGCAGCAUUAAAUGCCUUUAACGUGAAGUUGAUGCAGGUACUUCAGACAGGCGAGGAGACACUAGACCCAGCAAAGUCACUGGCAUCUUACGGAUUAGACUCUCUAUCCGCGAUGCAGUUCCGCAACUGGGUGCAAGUAACUUUAGGUGUGGAAAUGUCAACGGUGGAUAUUACGUCUACCCCAUCACUGCACGGAUUGACGCAAAAUUUUGUGGACCGAGUACACAAGUGA